AUGACUACGGCCGUCGAGGCGAAGUCGUUGUCGGCGCUGACGACCCUUGCCUCAAACCCUCCCCGCUAUCCGCGCAAUCCCACGCACGAGAGGCACGAGCCGUUGGUGCUCUACAUCGAGCGCGUUCCCGGCAGCAAAGGCGAGUGUUAUGUCUUCCUAACACCGAUGAAACCCCGGGAGAAGGUCGUGACGGCCGAGGACGUCCAGAGCUCGCUGUAUUACCUGCACUUUGACGCCCCCGAAGACGAGGAGUUCAAGGCGUACGUCCAGGAGACCGACCCCGCCUUGUACGAGCAGACGGUUGGGCCGCCGGCGAAAGACUCGACGCCCAUCAUUCGCAAGCCAGUGCGGCGGCCCCUGCCCUCGCUCCCACCUGACGCCGCGGCUCCAGCCCUUUCUUCCUCGAAUUCCCUCAAGAGAAAGCCGGUGCUGCCGCCUCCUCCGUUGUCAAUCAAGAUAGAUGCCGAAAAUGCCCAGCACCAGCACCAGCCCGUCCAGCCAACGAUCCCCUCCGGCCCGAUUUCUCAUCGGCGGGGCCGCUCGACGGAGCUGCCCGACACGCAGCAAGAGAACCUGAGGCCUUCCAUGCAUGACCGUCGCCGAUGGUCCGCCCAACCGCCCGCUCGGGGGCCUUCGCCGAUGCGGCAAAAAGCCGAGCUUCCCUUCUGGAUGCAGGAUCAGCCCAAAAGACGGAAGAGCCCCGCGAGGAGUCCCGCGAGGAGCCCCGCGAGGAGCCCCGCGAGGGAACCACCCGAAUCGCCCUACCCGAGCAAGCCCAGCUUUGACGGACGCCCUGAAUCCGGCCUCUUCUCGCCUGGUGCGGGAACGCCCAACCAGGGCAUGUCGUUGACCCUCAUCAGGCGCGAUCCCGCAUCGGGAGCUCAGUGGAACGUCGGCAAAGUCAAGGAUCCCCCUAGUUUCGACAUCUACUCGGACAACCUCGGCCGCCCCGUUCAGGAAAGAGUGAGGAAACCGGGCGCCCCGCUGUACAUUGACAUCAAUAAUCCGGGCUAUUCCAAGUUCCUCUUCAACCCCGACCUGUCUUCGCCGAGGAGGAGCGAGGACAGCGUGAGUUCGUUCCUGAGCGGCCAGGCGGGCUCCAGGAAUUCCCUCCAGAGCCCGACGGCGCCGACGCCCGUGGACACGACCUUUCGCAGGAGGAUGUGGUAUGAGGGUGCGAGGUACACUGCCGACUAUUUUGGCCACAAGAAGACCCUAUCCCACGAGUCCAACUUGGGCGUUCCCGGGGAGAGAAGGCCGGGCUAUAGGGGGUACGUGUUUGAAAGCCCGUGGAAUGGGCGGUGCGAGUUUGUCACCGGUGGCGCUGGGGAUUCUCUCAAGUGCCGACACAUACUCCCCGUCACAAACGCAGCAAUCCAGACGCCGGAAGCCGUCACGGUCAGCGAGCUUCGCUUCAAUCUUCCCACCAUGCGUGGCCAGCCAGCAAACGCCGAGGAGCGGACGUCCAAGCGCGCGUCUUUGUUCCACCGCAAGAGCGCACAAUCAGUCUCGUCGGUCGGGCCCAGCGCCGAGGAGAUCCUUGGGGGAGUGGCCAAUCUGGAUUUGUCGCUGGGGUUGGAAUAUGCGGGAGGUGGCUUCGGGGGGAAGCAGGCGAAGCUGGGGAAAUUGAUCAUUCGGGACGAGGGCCUCAAAAUGAUGGAUCUGGUUGUGGCGGCGAACAUGAGUUUGUGGUGCAGGGCGUACGAAAAGGUGGAAGCGGCGGGGCGGACGAGGCAUGAUCCCCGGCACAGUACCAUCGAUGUGGCCUAA